GAAAGAGGAUCAAUCCUUUGAAGACUGCCUCUGGGAUGCUUGGGCAUGCCUUGUUUGUGCCGACUCACAUCUAGAGCAAAAGUCACGUAUUGAGAAAGUCAUUGGAUUUGUCCUAGCCAUUUGGGGGAUACUAUUUUAUUCUCAGCUUUUAAGCACAAUGACAGAACAACUUCGGGAUAAUAUGCAAAAACUAAGAGAAGGUGCACAGAUUCAAGUCAUAGAAGCUGAUCACAUCAUCAUUUGUGGAAUCAACAGUCAUCUUCCUUUCAUACUAAAGCAACUCAACAGUUAUCAUCAGCAUGCUGUCCGCUUAGGUACCGCCACAGCUAGUAAGCAGACACUUGUGCUUAUGUCUGAUACUCCAAGGAAUGAGAUGGAAAAACUAGCUGAUGAAUUCAACACAGAUUUUAAUCAUAUUGACAUCCUUACAAAGAGUUGUAAUCUUAAAAUGACGAAAUCAUUUGAGCGGGCUGCUGCCUCUAUGGCCCGUGCCAUUAUCAUACUACCAACCAAAAGUGAUGGGUAUCAUAUUGACACAGACGCAUUUCUUUCUGUAUUAGCCCUUCAACCUAUACAAAGAAUCGAAUCCAUCCCAACUAUUGUAGAGGUGUCAAGCUCUAGUAUGCAUAAUCUCCUCAAGUCAAUUUCAGGAAUGAGAGUUGAACCGGUUGAAAAUGUUACCUCUAAGUUGUUUGUCCAAUGUUCACGUCAAAAAGACCUCAUAAAGAUCUACAGACACCUACUCAAUUACUCAAAAAAUGUAUUUAAUCUUUGUAGUUUCCCCAAACUAGCUGGGAUGAAGUAUAGACAAAUAAGACUUGGGUUCCAGGAGGUUGUGGUCUGUGGUCUUUUACGAGAUGGGAAAGUAAAUUUCCACCCGAAUGAUGAAGAAACGCUCAGGGAAACAGACAAAGUAUUGUUCAUUGCACCUCUCAGUUGGAGAAAGAAGCAACUUAUAUCUAAAGACAUUGAAACUGACAACAUAUCAGUAGAUGAUGAGCUCGAAACUCGUAAGCAAUCACGGUUAGAGAAGAUUAUAAAGCGUUCUAAGAUGUUCUUAUCAAAGGGAUCAUCAGAUUCCGUCCAAGGACCAAAAGAAACUAUACUUCUACUUGGUUGGCGUGAGGAUGUCAUAGAUAUGAUUGAAGAGUUUGAUAACUAUCUUGGUCCAGGAAGUUCAUUGGAAAUAUUAUCUGAUGUAUCAGUAGAGGACAGAGGAAAAGUGAGUGAUGGUAUAGGUGCAGGGAAAAUCAAGAACAUACAAGUUUCCCAUACGGUUGGGAAUCCUAUGAACUAUGACACAUUAAAGGAAACUAUAAUGCAUAUCCAAACUAAACACCGAAAAGGCGAAGAAGCUAUUCCUCUGUCUAUCCUUGUAAUAUCUGAUAGAGAAUGGCUUCUUGGAGAUCCAUCUAGAGCAGACACACAAUCUGCGUACUCUCUUCUUCUUGCUGAAAGCAUUUGCAACGAGCUUGGAGUAAAUGUACAAAAUUUAGCCUCUGAAAUCGUUGAUUCGAAACUCGGCAAGCAGAUAACAAGAAUCAAACCUUCUCUAACUUACAUAGCAGUAGAGGAAGUGAUGAGCCUUGUAACAGCUCAAGUUGCUGGAAACAGUGAACUGAACGAGGUGUGGAAGGACAUUCUAAAUGCAGAAGGCGAUGAGAUUUACAUAAAGGACAUUGAGCUAUACAUGAAAGAUGGAGAGAACCCUUCGUUCACUGAGCUAUCAGAGCGAGCAUGGUUAAGAAGAGAAGUCGCUAUAGGCUACAUAAAAGGUGGUAAAAAGGUAAUCAAUCCAGCUCCAAAGACAGAACCUAUCUCACUAGAAAUGACAGACUCGUUGAUUGUUAUCUCAGAGCUUGAAGGAGACCAACCCAUCACACUAUGAUGAAACCAUUGUCUUUUAUUUUAUAGUUUCUUACUCACUCACAAUUAGCAUGCUUCAGACAAGGAGGCUUUUAAUUCUUUCUUUCCCACCAAAUAAUAUCAGUCUUUGUAAUAAUGUCUAUAAACCUUAAGCCAUAAAAGUAGAUUCUUCUUCCAA